GAUGACGGAAUUCGCCCAACGAAAGUCUGUUACAUUUGCCCCGGAGUAUAGUUUUGAAUCCCAAUCCACAUUUGUGUUGGAAUUGCAACAGUUGCUGAAUACCCGGGAACAACAGCAAGUGGUUGUCAAUGAAACCGAUUAUACACCGGGGGCGCUUUUGCCACCGCGGCGGUUCAAGAGGCCCAAGUUUACCUGGGAUCAGUUUCAGCAGUCGUUUCCGGCGGUUGAGACCAGACGCGUCCGCAAGGAGGAUUGUCUUUCGAUAAAGAGCUCUGGACUGUACGAAAUAAUGGAAGACCAGGAAAAGGCCACCGACAAAGUGGAAGCCUUCGACUUGGACCAGGAACCGGACUUCAGUGGGGUAAUCGAUCGUCGCAGCCCAUCACUGGAAGCCGACGCGACCACAUACCACGUGAAGAUUUUCUUAACGGAAACCGAUGACAUUAUUCUGUUCGAGAGUGCAAGUCACACGGUCGCGAGGGAUUCCGAGGAAGCUGCCCUGGUCGAGCAACAGAAUGCGAACUACGAAGCGAAAAGGCAAGGGCGCAAAACGGCGACGGCCGAUGCGGAAGCCCAAAAUCCCGAGCAGGUGUGCAAAUCGAGAGGGGUUAACACCGAGCGAAUAAUGAAACAGGAGGUGGCAUCGUUUGUGUCUAACUAUGACAUGUACGAUACGUAUAACGAUUUGGAGAGACACACCAAGGAGAUUGAUUUGGCCGAGGCUUCGUCGAAGCUCGAGAUAACUACGUACUCCCGCGAAGGGAUGGAAGAUAUUGAUGAGAUGCUGGAUAGAAGUGAAAAUUUUCAUUUAUCAUCGAUGAUUCUGCAGAGACUGCUUGCUAGUAAUAUGUAUCGGGAGAAGCAGAUGAGAUUUAGGAAUAUGUACCCGACGGAUCCGUCGAAUACUGAGGCGAGAUUUUUGUACCGAUUGGAAACUUUGUGGACGUAUAAAACGGUUGAAACCAUGGGGAAAGCAGUGGCAAGUGCUAGCUGGUGCCCUUCGAAUGGAGACAUCGUAGCGAUUGCCUAUGGCGUCUACAGGUUCAAAGAGGCUGACUACCGAAGCAGUGGGUACGUUUGUGUGUGGAACAUAAAAAAUCCAGUGAACCCCGAGAGACGUUAUAAGUUUUCGGUACCAGUGACAGCGGUAGCAUUCUCUAAGAAAACUCCGCAACUGUUGGCAAUUGGAUUAUUCGACGGAACAGUGCAGAUAACGGACAUUAUGGACAAUUCACAAGUGCCCGUGGGAGUGUCUGAGCGGACAGAGCUGCCUGUUUUCGAGCCUAUUUGGGACAUUGAGUGGAUCGAGGCAGAAGAUGAUAAAGAUGAGAUUUUGACGGCAUCCCAAGAUGGAACCAUCAUGAAAUUCACGUUGAACAUUGGAACUUAUCUGAUGAUGUAUCGGCAAUUGAGAUUGAAUAGAGUUGAGGGCGAAGUUCAGGGGAUCCCGCUAGAAAAGAGAGAGGAUUUUUUGGAAGCUGACAGUCAUCCUCAAGCGUUAUGUUUGAAAAUUCAUCCGAAACGCAAGGAUGUGUACUUUGUAGGCACAGACGAAGGAUGCGUUCACAGGUGUUCAAUUAAAAUUGCAGAUCAUCAUCGCGGAGCAACGAGGGUGCACAGCAGAGGUGUAUUUUCAAUAGAGUAUUCCCCGUGGAGUCCGAAAAUAUUUCUCACUUGUGGUGGAGACGGGUAUAUUCGAAUAUGGAUCGAGGACAUCGUGGAACCGAUUAUUACUUUGAAUGUAGGAUUUGAGCCAGUUCAAGCAGCUCGCUGGUCUCCUGUUAGUUCAACGAUUAUUGCUAGUGUUACUAAAAACUCUGUGCAGCUGUGGAAUCUUAGCAGGCAGAUGCUGAAACCAGCUUCCAUUACGAAAUUUGGAGAUUCAACGACGUCGUUGACCACUAUCCGGUUCACGAACUGCGGGCGUAGUUUACUUCUGGGUGACAGCGAGGGACGAACAUAUGUUUGUGCACUCGAGGAUAUGCCGUUUCCUCGACACUUUCAGUUUAACGAACUUCGAUCAACGCUUCUCGACAGUCUUGUUAGCAAACCGGAGCUAUUGAAUCGGAUCAGGCGCUUGGGACAUUUGGGCUACUGAAUGGUCGUUUUACAAAAGAUGCCUUUUUUAUCGACUCUGAUUGAGGAAUUUUACAGAAUAAAAUCAACACAUAAAAGCUCAAAAACGAACCAAAUAGUCCGACUUCCUUUCCAUCAACGAGAUUGAAUUUAUUGGUCAACAUUAAUCGAUCUGGAUUUAAAAUAAAAACACUAAACAUCCUC